AUGCUCGCGGAACCGUCAAUGCCAGAGCGACGUCCGUCGCCCGGCCUCUCUCUCAACCUGUCCUCCAACAACCCCUUCCGCAACAGAGCGACCUCCCCUGGCUUUCCCUCGCCCGCAACCCAGUCGGACCGCUCGAGCUCCGCCAGCAGGCCCAUGUCGCGCAAUCCCUUUCUGUCGACGUUCGAAGCCGAGUUCAACAAGGAGGCCAAGAAGACCGAUCUCAUCGACAUGUCGGCCACCAUGAAGGCGUCUCCUAAGAAGGACACCUUCAACAACGGCUCAGCCGCCGAAGAGCUCUUUAUGCAAUUGCUGCUCAGAAGCGUCAUGGAGCGGUUUUUGUCUUUUGUGGGCACAUUUGCUAAUUAUCCAUGUCUCGUACAGAAGAACCUCACAAUCGAAGACGAGGACAGGCGGCGUGCACCACCGCGGCCCAUGCCCAACCGCAGCGGCACCGAUCCCCGCGCAGGCCACCGCCCAUCACGCUCAGAUGAGGAAGAAAGGGACAUGCAGCGAGGAGCUCCCCGCGGCCCACCUCGUCCCCGAGGACCCCCAGAGCCACGCCGCCCUAUGCAGAGCAGUCCUGAACGCCGAGAGCGCCGCCCACGCAGGAAUUCUGACUCCUCCAUCAUUGACAAGGCAGCUCAGGAGAAGGAAGAUCGCAGGCGUCGUGAGCGUCGUAGGGAAAGGGAAGAGAAAGACCGAGAUGGCAAGUCGAGCGGCACAAGGAAAGUGCGUAAGCCUCAGGGUCUUGACCUGAUCGACAAGCUCGACGUCACCGGUAUCUACGGACCCAGCAUGAUCCAUCACGAUGGACCCUAUGAUGCAGUCCAGCCACACCGUAACCGAAAGAAGGAUCAGCGUGCUCCUAUGCAUGCUUUCCCUGUCGGAUCUGCCAAUAACUCACUCGGUGGCUCAGGUCCUUUGAACUCAAAAAUCGAUCUUGACAGGAUCCACGGCAGAGGCGCAGAGGGCUUCACAGACUUCGGAGGUGUCGACACCGAGUGGAAGAAGGCACCUCGCCCCGAAGGCGAAUUCAGUGCUAAGGGCCGCGAAGACAUAGUCCACGGCGAACAAACACACGGCCUGGGCACAUCCACUUUUUUGGAGGGCGCACCCGCAUCACGCACCGCUGUCGAGCAGGAUUUUGAGCAGAAGAGGGCGAACGAGAUUAACGGUCUUGGACGCAAGAAGUCUAUUGCUCAGCGCUUCCGCGGAAUUUCGCAGCCGAGACGUCAAUAUGGCGAUGGACCCCGUAUUCAGUCUCCCGAGGCGCGAUAUGGAGGCCAGACCAGCCCGCAGGGUCCUUACAGCGCUGGACCCUUGUCCCAGAACAAGGCGACAGAGCUGAACCCGUUCUUUGACGAGUACAACAAGGCUUACGACAGUAAGGGCGCAACAAUCCAGGCCAAAGAUUCCAGCUACAAGGACGAAUCGCCUCCCCGUGCUCCUCUGCACCGCGCAGUGACCACCGACAGCGCGGGCUCACUGGGCGAGUCGAAGCCUACUGGUUUUCUUGGGCGCAUGAAGAGUAUCAAGGGCGGGCGCAGACGGCAAGCUUGA